GAGCAGCAGGUGUGCUCUGCUGAGUGUGAGUCAGUCUUUUCCUGCCGCUGAUGAAUGUUGCGCCUCUUGGGGGGAGGACGAGGACUGAUUUAGACCCCCACGUCCCAGGAAGCAGCUCUGUGCGCAUAAAUAAGGCCGUGCGUAAAGGCAGCCACACGCAUGCAACAGUUGUCGGCUAAUAAUAACAACCUGCUGCGCCUUUAAGAGGGUGACUGAGGAGGAAACCUAAUAUCUCUCCAUAUCCAGCUCAAGUCUCCAUCAAUUAACAGUAAGAGCCGAGACCAGGACGCUACCUGGAUCUGUCCCUCUGCUCCGUCCGCCAAACUGCACCCGCUUUUUUAUUGUUUUGGUUGUUUUUGUCACACACAAACCGGAUUAAAUUACGCAUUGCACCUUUAAGAAGCUGUCAACGGGAUUAGAGUUACGCGCAGGUCGCCCUCCGGAGGGGUUUUACGCACCGUCGGCAUCCAGAGGAGGCUCUCCUUCAGCGACAUUUCUCCCUCUCCUCUCCUCCGUCUUCGCUGGUCCUGACACCGCCGGGGAGCUGCGUGACAUGGCCGAGAUAGGGAAAGGGGUCACCGCCGGGAAGCUGGCCAUCAACGUCCAGAAGAGGCUCACCAGGGCGCAGGAGAAGGUCUUGCAGAAACUCGGCAAAGCGGACGAGACCAGAGACGUCGCGUUUGAGGAGAUGGUGGCCAACUUCAACAAGCAGAUGACAGAGGGCACCAAGCUGCAGAAAGACCUGAAAGCCUACCUGGUAGCAGUGAAAACGAUGCACGACGCCUCGCGGCGGCUGCAGGACUGUCUGGCUGAAAUGUACGAACCCGACUGGUUUGGCAAAGAGGAGAUGGACGCCAUGGCAGAGGACACCGACACUCUGUGGCUGGACUACCACCAGAACGUCACGGACAAAUCCCUGGCCUCCAUGGACACGUACCUGACUCAGUUUCCUGACAUCAAGGCUCGCAUAGCGAAGCGCGACAGGAAGAUGGUGGACUUCGACAGCGCCCGGCAUCACUUCGCCUCCUUACAGAAAGGCAAGAAGAAGGACGAGGCAAAGAUCGCCAAGCCAGCAGCCCUGUUGGAGAUGGCGGCUCCCAGCUGGGCUCAGGGUUUGAUAUCGGCCCACCAGGUGGCUCAGACUAACCUCUCCUACAACCAGGCCGAGGAGGACCUGGGCCGGGCUCAGAGGAUCUUCGAGGAGCUGAACGUGGAGUUGCAGGACGAGCUUCCGGGCCUGUGGGACAGACGUGUUGGCGUCUAUGUUAACACAUUCCAGAGCCUGGCAGGUCAUCAGGAGAAGUUCCACAAAGAAAUGAGCAAGCUCAGCCAGAACCUGAACGACAUCAUGACCAAACUGGAGGAGCAGCGGCAGCUCAAAAAAACUCCAAGUGCAGCGGCGAAGACGGGCGACGGCGCCACGAGUGAGGACGCCAACCACAGCGAAUCAGCGAGCUCGGCACCAAAGGUGGUGCAGAGGCCCGGUCCUCCUCCCAGCCGGCCUCCGCCCAGACUGACGCCGUCGCCGGACCAGAGGCAGCAGCGUGUCGGCCAGCUGGAGGACGAAGCCUCGGUGCCUGAAGCUGACACAGAGUCGACUAACACAGCGCCACAGGCGCCGUCAUGGGACUCGUGGCGAGAACAGAGCGCCACCGAGCAGGACCCGGAACCCGACGACCAGAACCCGGAGGAGGCGCAGGGCGGCUGGGAUUACGACGACAGCGGCGCCCAGAGCUACGCUCAGCCCGGCUGGGACGACGCUGAGGGUCAGGAGGGCUGGAGCCAAGAUGGCGGCUACGCGGCUCAGUCGUACUCUGAAGCCAACUGGGACGACGACGGUGUGGAUCAGGGAGGAUGGGGGGAGGAUGACGAGAGCGCGGUGACCAACGGCUCCGAGGGUGAGCUCCCUCCAGGGUUCCUCUACAAGGUGAAAGCGGUGCACGACUACGCCGCCACCGACGGCGAUGAGCUGGAGCUGAAGAUCGGAGACGUCGUGCUGGUCGUGGCCUUCGACAACCCCGACGAGCAGGACGACGGCUGGCUCAUGGGCAUGAAGGAGUCCAGCUGGGCGCAGAAGAAAGAUGCUUCAGCCAAAGGUGUUUUCCCCGAGAACUUUACCCAGAAGGUUUGAGAAUAGCGCCACCUACAGUUCGUGCCCCUCUGCUUCAAUCACUCCUCACGUAUCUGAGACAGAAAAAAAAAGUCAUCACAUGUCCACCUGCACACCAGAAUUGAUCGUCACGACGUGGUUGUGUGCGCUGAAAUACAAAUACAGUUAAAAACGGUGCCAGUUAGUAACUAUUCAAAAGAUGACAAAGAAUUUGGUUCCAGCCCGACUCGUCUCAUGUUUUAGUCAAACCCAGAAUUAAACUCAUUUUGUUAUUCCUGCGUCAUACUUUUGCUGAAGUCAAACAAAACGCAAAGCGUGCGUUAGCUCUAUUUAAACCGGAUAAUUACGUCACGGAUGUACUGUAUGAAUGUGGAAACGUUUUAUGUCGUGCUUUGUUAUCGGUUAUGUUUUGAGAACUUUUCACGGUUCCUUGCAUGAAGCAUUUCAUCGUGUUGUCAUUUACUUUGUAACAAACACUGUGACACCAGGCGGAGUCGCUCUAUGAAAUAUGGCUGGAGAGUGCAGGAGUCCUAGAAUAGAGCCCUGGAGGACGCCGCCGAUCUGAACGGUAUAUUAUCAAAGUCUAUGACGGUUUGUUGGGCUUGUAGGGUUUUCAAAGGGAACAGUAGUCUUUCAUUUAUAUUAUCGGCCAUUUUGAGGACAUGACUUGACGUGUGGCUUCAAUUUUCUAAUGCACAUAUGGUUUUAUUUUGUUUUUUUUCAUCUUUUCUUUGAUGGAUGAAAAGCUAAACCUUACUAUCAAACUCAGCUGCUGAUUUCUUACUUACCCACGUUUAUGACACAUUUUUCAUGUGAAUUGAAUUCUGGCUCUCUGCUGAUAGAUUUUCUUUAGUUUUUGGGUUUUUUUUUUCCCAGUAGAAAAUCAGGUUUUGACGGCGUACUAGUGACGUAACUGCGGCCGUCAUUACCAAACACACCACAGAAACCAAAGCUAAACCCAUGCAAAGACAUUUUUACACUGUGUGGAAUAAAUGAAUAAGGAAUGAGUCCGUGUGGUAUCUGAUGCACCAUCUGUUGGAUCAAAUCAGCCUCAUUAAAGUUGAAUAAAACAGCA